UCUGACGGAAAAAGAAAAAGAUGAUUAAUAAGCUUAAUGUUGCUUAGAAAAUGAUCAGGAAUUCGGAAAAGAACGUACAUGAAGCAUGAAAAUAUUUGUCGAAAAUUUUCUUAUUACAGUUAGAUACUAGAAAUAGUGAAAUAAACAAAAACUGCGUAAUGCAAAUAUUAGAAAAGUAAGAUCACGAAUAGCAAGACAACUUCGCCUCGAAGAAUGGUCAAAGUGCAAGAGCGCCGUGGAUAAGCCAUAAACUUGAAAAUAAUUAGAGUACCGACAUAAUAUUCGAAGUGUAGAAAGUUGAAGGCUAACAGACUUCUUUCAAAGAUAUUCGAAAACAGCCAAAAGCGUCGAAUGCAUUGCACUGUAUUAAGAGUGAAAUUAUGGAAGAAAAUGCAUUUAAAUACAAGUUACAUAGGGAAAGUUAAGUGGAUGAAGAAAUAAAAAUAUCAUUAAGGGAGCCCGACAAAGGAAAGGAAAAAUGAAGUGAAGUGAAAAAAGAAUUUGACAUGAUAAGCAUCGGAUCGAAAGAAAACUUACGGAAAUAAUACGACAGCAUUGCGUAAUAUUUGAUAAGAAACCCUACUGGCAAAUUAUCACUUAUUUAAAAAAUCACUAGAACGCAAUGUAAUUCAACUAACUGUAACAUCAACAGGGAAAAAUUAACAAAUGAAAAAUAGAUAGAAAUGAAGAUAUCGAACAAGAGAAAGCUUUAAGGUCAAGAGUCAUAAAACAGAGUGAGACCACGAGAAAGCCGAAUGGUGGGCGUCACUGUGAGCCAAGAAGCGGAAGGAUACUGAAGAGAUAAAGUAACAACUUUAAUGUGGUAGGAAGAAAAUUUAGGAGUCGAAACUUCUGAAGAAAAUACGAAUAGUAGGAGAAAAUAUACUUCAUUCUUGAUACGAGUGUUCUCUAUAAAGAUAAGAGUAAUCUUGUACAUCACUAUCUUUAUGUGAAAAUCAAGUAAAUCCAUUGGAUUUCCAAUUUGUACUUCUAGGAACUAUUGUACAUCUUCAAAUAACAACGAGGUACUUACAAUGAGUGUUGUGUUUCUGUUGUAAUAUUAAGAGACAAUUAGAUCGCAACAGUUUCUAAAGUCUAUAUGACAACAAAGCGCCUCUGCAUCUCUUAUAAAUAUUACUACGAACCUUGCGUGACGUCAAAACCUGAAUAGGCUGUUCAUAACCCUACUUGUGUAUCUAUUUCCAAUAAUUGACUACAAACCUCUAGUGGAACCACGCAUAAUCCCUAACAAGUUUCUCAAAUAGCAAAUGGGCAUCAGCUGCAAUUGCAACAUUCAGCCUCCGGGAAAAUGCCGCACAACACAACCUUCGCAGACCUCCUCAACCUGACCCAGAUGAUCCUCUUAGCAGCCAGUGGGAACAAAACCUUCAGUCUCGAGACUUUCCUAUGGAACGCUCAGGAGGAGCAGGAGGACAAAGAGACGCAGCGCGGAGACGCUAUGGAGAUUGAGGCCACCAAAGAAAACGCAGAGGGGUGGCUGGAGGCGAUUCUGGACGGUUCCAUCUUCCCAAAUACCUCUGCACUCGACUGGAAUAGAAAAAACUCCUCCAUUGACCCGAAGACUCUGCGACGCGUCCUCAACACGUUGUUCCAUUACGAAGGUUCGACAGCGUAUACGACAGAUGUCAGCAGCACCAGUUCCAUCAGUAAGCCAACUCAGCUCCCGUUUCAGAUGCCAGCAUACCAACAGGCCCUUUGGGUCAUGGCGUUUGGGUUCAUGAUCCUCGGGGCAUGCGUGGGCAACAUCGUCGUCAUAAGAAUUGUUCUGGGAAACCAGCGCAUGAGGACCACCACCAACUACUUCCUGGUGAAUCUGUCAGUAGCCGACCUCUUCAUGACGCUGUUCAACUGCGUCUUCAAUUUUGUAUUCAUGCUCAAAAGCCACUGGGCCUUCGGGAGCGUUUAUUGCACCAUUUCCCAAUUCAUUGCUCACGUUUCGUUGGCAGCCUCUGUCUUCACGCUGGCCGUUAUCUCCUUUGACAGGUUUUUGAAUGUGAUGCGUCCCUUGAAGCCUCGGAUGUCCAAAUGCGUCUGCAGGAUGCUGCUCUGCGUCAUCUGGAUAGUGGCAGCAUCCAUAGCGGCUCCCAUACUGCCUUAUGCCACCACCAUCCACACAUUCAAUAAACUCUGCCGCGGCGAGAGAACAAUUUGCGUCAUAAAGUGGCCAGACGGUCUUGCUCCACGAUCUCUCAUUGACUACGUGUACAAUGUCGUUAUUCUAGCAGUGACGUAUGUCGUUCCCAUGACGGCCAUGAUCAUUUGCUAUGCUGUUAUAGGUUGUAAAUUGUGGGAUCCUGCUGUUACAAAAACAUCACGACAAACGGAUAACUUCAAAAGCAAAAGAAAGGUGGUGCAGAUGCUGGCACUUCUCGUGGGGCUGUUCGCCUUGUGCUGGCUUCCCUACCACGUGUACUUCAUCGUCGUCCAUCACCAUCCUCAGCUGAGCACGAGGCCUUACGUCCAGCACAUGUACCUGGCAUUCUACUGGCUGGCCAUGUCCAACGCUAUGUUUAACCCAAUCGUAUACUAUCUGCUCAAUGCCAGGUUCAGAUACUUUUUCUGGCAGCUAUUAUCAGGAGCCAAAGAAUCCUGGAAAAACUGCUUGGGAAAUACGCACACUAAUUCGUCGGUUCUGUCUGUCGAUGAUGACCCUUUCGCCUUCCACCUCCAGGUAGGAGGAGAACCAGUGAGAGGCCUAUUGUGUCCAGCAGCGCCCGACACCAAACAGACGCGGCAGAGUCCACUGCUGGGGACAUCCCAUCCAUCACCUCGCCUGGCUGUCAACCUGUCCAAUCACCUGGGACCGAAUAAGCCUCUCCCCAAUAGAAACUUCACGCCGUCCUCAUCUCCCAAGGGAAACAAACUCGGCUGCACAGCUCCACAGAUACAGUAUAUUGAAUCCGCGUAUUGA